AUGUCAGACCGGUCUUCUGCUGAUAAAAAGCGUGAUCGAGAUCGUCGCGCGCAACAGAACCUGCGCGACAAGAAGUUGCGCCACACAGCUAAACUCGAGGCACGAGUGGCCCACUGUGAACAACAUCACAAUGACGCUGGGGUCAAAAACCUCCUUGGGGUCAUUGACGGCCUUCGAAAGCAGAAUGAACUUCUCGUGGCACAACAAAGGGCCCUGAGAACGGUACUCAAUUCAUGGGAUGAGAAGUUUGAAGAGAUGGGGCCUUCCAGCUCGCCAAUGACUGUGACCCAAGACACGAAUACUGAAAAAACCGCACACUCUUUCCCACAAGCAAAUUAUACGCCAGCGGUGCCUAAUUAUUUGGAUACGACGGAGCACCUGGCGUGCUCAAUGGGCCCUUCGACUUCACCGCCAUCAUUACCACAAACCCCUGCAAGCCACCGGAUCAAUCCCACCUCACCCUGGAAUGAGCUUCCUCUGUGCUCCGACGGUCUAUCCAACAUCGAGAAAUCAUCUCUACCGUGGCUGGCAUAUCCAGAUCUAAUCGCCCAGUGCCCCGAUACGCCCGAAUCACCACUUGAUAUAUUGUACGGUAGCAAGACCAACAUGCUAGCAAACAUGAUUCAUACAAUCAUCGAACGACGACCAGUGCGUGACCCAGAGCGACUAGCAAUGGGUCUAUUAAUCUACCACUUUUCAAAAUGGAUCAUCGAGCCCAACCCAAAGACAUUCGCGAAAUUGCCCCCAUUCAUCCGCCCCCUCCAGGAACAAUUUGAGAUCGAGCACCCCAUAUCAAUAAGCUUUCUGCCCUAUCCGAAAUUGAGAUCAAAUCUCAUACAGCAAUGGCCACUGUAUGAGAAUAAUCGCGAUGAAUUAUUUGGGCUCUUGGCGUGCUCUGUUAAGAUUCGAUGGCCGUGGGGCGUGAAGAUUCUUGAUCGUGACGAGGACAAUGAGAUCCGUAUUAAACCGGCGUUUUAUGAGACGAUCAUGAAAGAGGAAGGCUGGGGUCUUAUGCAGGAGUUCAUUAAUAAAUACCCCAAUCUCAUGGUAGGUGUUGAUGUUGCGUCGCUUGUUUUCAAUAUAGCGUGA